UUUUUUCUUUUUUUUUUCAGGUUAUGGAUUUGUAGACUUUGAAUCCCCAGCUGCUGCAGACAAAGCUGUGAAAGGUCUACAGGCAGCUAAUAUCCAAGCCCAGAUGGCAAAGCAGCAGGAACAGGACCCCACUAACCUCUAUAUUGCCAACCUCCCACCACAGAUGAAUGAGGCAGAACUGGAGCAACUUUUGGCUCAACAUGGACAAGUCAUUUCUACCCGUAUUCUUAGAGACAACAAUGUCCAGUCAAGAGGUGUAGGUUUUGCGAGAAUGGAAUCCCGAGAAAAAUGCGAGCUGAUUAUACAAAUGUUCAACAAGAAGGUGCUGCGAGGAGCCAAAGAAGCACUCCUAGUUAAAUUUGCUGAUUCUGGCAAUAAGAAACGCAACCAGUACAAGACCAAGGAGCAGACUAGCUGGGAACGCUCAGAA